GUAGUUGACUUCUUUCUUGGUUCAACAUGUAGUGAUUUAAAUGAAAUUUGAAGCCCAUUAUUAAUGGGUCUUUUAUUUAAAGAGCUAGGCCCAGUUUCUCUUAAUAUAGUAGCUCCGUUGGAUCAAAAACCCUAGCCCUUUACUUUAAAUUAGAGACAAACCCCUUCCUUGCGCCGGUGCUGUGCGAAACUUCGAAAAUGGGUGCGUACAAGUAUGUGUCUGAGCUAUGGAGGAAGAAGCAGUCCGAUGUCAUGAGGUUCGUGCAGAGGGUGAGGUGCUGGGAGUACAGACAGCAACCUUCCAUUGUCCGUCUCGUCAGGCCUACUCGUCCCGACAAGGCUCGUCGUUUGGGUUACAAGGCCAAGCAGGGCUUUGUGGUGUACCGUGUCCGUGUGAGACGUGGUGGACGCAAGAGGCCAGUGCCAAAGGGUAUUGUCUACGGUAAGCCCACUAACCAGGGAGUAACCCAACUCAAGUUCCAGAGGAGCAAGCGUUCUGUUGCUGAGGAGCGUGCUGGAAGGAAAUUGGGCGGCCUCAGAGUCGUCAACUCCUACUGGCUCAACGAGGAUUCGACCUACAAGUACUACGAGAUUAUCUUGGUCGACCCGGCACACAAUGCUGUGCGUAAUGACCCGAGAAUCAACUGGAUCUGCAACCCGGUUCACAAACACCGUGAGCUCAGAGGACUUACGUCGGAGGGAAAGAAGAACAGAGGACUGCGUGGAAAAGGUCACAACAACCACAAGAACCGUCCCUCUCGCAGAGCGACAUGGAAGAAGAACAACUCUCUCUCCCUUCGCCGUUACCGUUAAUUACUUUUUGCUGCUUUCACUAUUAUCAUCAACUUUUAGUUUCUACGUUGCUGCUCUUUUAUCUUUCGCAUGAUGACUCUUGUUUUUGCAAAAUUUUGGAGCCUAUACAAUUGCGUUCGUUUUAUGGUUUUAAGAGACAUUUGCUUGA